AUGAGUGGAAGCAGACAGCGAUCGAGAACGCCCCCGUGCAGGCAGGCCUGCAUCAGCAUCGGGAGCGCCUGCUCCGGCUGGUCGUCGGAGCUGUUUGCUGCAAAGCGACUGGGCCUGCGCGUGACUCCGGCUUUUGGGUGCGACUGCGACCCACACUGCAUCCGCUUCAACCAGGAAGUGUGGUCGCACCAGCGCUUCUUCACAGACGUGUUCGAGCCGGCCUUCCUGCAGGACACCCACUCCGUCGACUGCUUUGUCACUGGCCCGCCAUGCCAGCCAUACUCUGUUGCAGGCCAGGCAGGCGGAGAGAACGACCACCGGUCGCAACCCAUGCUGCGAGUUCUGCAAUGGAUUGACAUGCACCGACCCAAAACGUUUCUCGUGGAAAACGUGGCGGGCCUCCUCUUGCGCCACGAGCAGCUGCUUGAGGAGGUAGUGGAAUUUCUUGUGGGCCUCCAGGACAGAGACGGCCAAGCGGAUUACAAAGUGGAGGUGGAGCUGCUUAAUGCUCGUGUGCAUGCCGGAGUGCCACAACAUCGAGAACGCAUCUUUAUCAUCGGCUGUCGACGCGACUGCCAACAAGCGGACAUGUCAUGGCCGCAGCCAAAGGACAUGGGGCCCAUCGACUCUUACUUGUUGACUGACGACCAGCUGGAUGUUCUCGGAGUUCCAUUCCCGAUGCUGCCGGACAGCCGGCAGCGCACUCUGAGAGCAGCACUGGAACGGAUCUGCUGUGCAGGCGGCGAUCCUGAAGUUGAGCGCUAUGUUGUCAACAUAGGCGGCACAAGCCCUCACUACAACAUGGAUUACGCACCAUGCUUGACUAGGGCGAGGGCCGCAGACCCGUGCGGCAUGUUCUUGUCCUGGAAGAUGAGGUGCAUGUGCGCCUAUGAGGCAGUGCAGCUCCAGGGGGUGAGGCUCGAAGAGGUUGUGGCUACGUCGCUGAGCCCACGGCAGCUAGGACAGCUCGCAGGGAAUGCCAUACAGGUAGACCUGCUAGCCUUAGUGCUGCGCUCGCUCUUGCGCAUGGCCGGACUGCUUUGA